UUUUUUAGGUCAAAACACGUACAAAUAGAAGGUCAAAGAUUCGUCAUUGGUGAAAAAAUUGUACAUUUUUGUUUGUUAAAACUACCCAUCUAUGAGUGAUCGCCGAUUACCCAUUCGUUCCUAUGGCAGUAAAAUGUCGCUGCUUCUGCGUCGAACCAACUCCCCCACCACGAACCACCACCACCCACCCACCACCACCACCAUCACCUUCACCACCGCCACCCAAGUUGAAGUAAUCCAAUCAAUCCUCAACUGUCUAAAAUCUGGCCACAUCCAAAAAGCCGCAUCCAUUCUCUUUGACUUCCCACUACCCUUCCCUCACUCUCUCUACGCCCAUUUCUUCCGUCACUGUCGCUCCCCAAAAUCCAUCGCCGCUGCCCAUAAAGUCGAGUUCCACUUAGUUGCCACCACUCGCAAUCCACCUAUAUUCCUCCGCAACCGUGCACUUGAAGCUUAUGCGAAAUGCUCCUCUCUUCAUGAUGCACAGGAACUGUUUGAUGAAAUGCCUCAACGAGAUGGUGGGUCAUGGAAUGCUUUGAUUACUGCUUAUUCUCGAUUGCGGUAUCCAGAUGAAGCGAUUUCUUUGUUUCUUUGGAUGAAUAAGGAUGGUGUUCGCGCCAAUAACAUCACAUUUGCCAGUGUUCUUGGGUCGUGUGCUGAUGUUUAUGAGCUUUCUCUGUCACAACAGGUUCACGGGCUUGUUGUGAAAUUUGGUUUUUCGAGCAAUGUGAUAAUUGGGAGUGCUCUUGUUGAUGUUUAUGCUAAAUGUGGGAUUAUGGUUUAUGCUCGCAGGAUGUUUCAUGAAAUUCCUCGUCCAAAUGCUGUUACUUGGAAUGUUAUUGUAAGACGGUAUCUUGAUGUUGGUGAUGCAAAGGAAGCUGUUUUGUUGUUCACGCGCAUGUUUUCUGAUGGAGUUAAGCCGUUGAAUUUCACAUUCUCUAAUGCUCUUGUUGCUUGUUCUAGUAUGCAUGCACUUGAGGAAGGGAUGCAAAUUCAUGGGGGGGUUGUGAAAUGGGGACUUCAUGAGGAUACUGUUGUUUCGAGCUCGCUAAUCAAUAUGUAUGUCAAGUGUGGUGAAUUGGAGAAUGGUUUUCGGGUUUUUCAUCAGCUUGGUUCGAAAGAUUUAGUGUGUUGGACUUGCAUUGUGUCAGGGUAUGCAAUGAGUGGGAAAACUUGGGACGCAAGAAAGCUUUUUGAUCAGAUGCCUGUACGAAAUGUGAUAUCGUGGAAUGCUAUGUUGGCUGGAUAUACCCGAUUCUUUAAAUGGUCUGAGGCAUUAGAUUUUGUUUGUUUGAUGCUUGACACUGUAAAGGACUUGGACCAUGUCACUCUUGGUUUGAUGAUAAAUGUGUCUGCUGGCCUUUUGGAUCAUGAAAUGGGGAAACAGCUUCAUGGAUUUGUCUAUCGACAUGGUUUCCACUCAAACCUUAUGGUUGGCAAUGCCAUUCUUGACAUGUAUGGUAAAUGUGGGAACUUGAACAGUGCCCGAGUUUGGUUUAACCUGAUGAGUAAUUGGCGUGACAGGGUUUCUUGGAAUGCUUUAUUGGCCAGUUGUGGCCUUCAUCAUUCAAGCGAACAAACACUGACAAUGUUUUCAGAGAUGCAAUGGGAGGCAAAACCAAGCAAGUAUACUUUUGGAACCCUUUUGGCAGCAUGUGCAAAUACUUAUUCGCUACACCUCGGCAAGCAAAUUCAUGGAUUUAUCAUUAGACAUGAAUUUCAGAUAGAUAGUGUAAUCAGGACUGCUUUGAUUUACAUGUACUGUAAAUGCUACUGUCUUGAGUAUGCUGUUGAGAUUCUGAAAGGGGCGGUUUCUAGGGACGUGAUAAUGUGGAAUACCUUAAUUUUGGGAUGUUGUCACAAUCAUAGGGGAAGAGAUGCACUUGAACUUUUUGGGAUAAUGGAAGCAGAAGGCAUCAAGCCAGACCGUGUGACCUUUGAGGGCAUUCUUCUUGCUUGUGUUGAAGAAGGCCUUGUUGAGUUUGGCACUCAAUGCUUCGAGUCUAUGAGCAAUGAAUACGGUGUCCUGCCUUGGUUGGAGCAUUAUGGCUGCAUGAUUGAACUCUAUAGUCGGCAUGGAUACAUGGAUGAGCUCGAGAGUUUUAUGAAAACAAUGACAAUAGAGCCUACUCUUCCCAUGUUGGAACGAGCCCUUGAUGCUUGUCAGAAAAAUGACUCCCCAAUACUGGGAAAAUGGAUUGCAAAAAAAAUUCAUGAAUUUGAACAUUGAUUGAAUUCAACUUGCAGAAUGCGUGCAUCAUAGCAGAGAGUUUAUCUAUGUCUUGGCAUAAGGGUCAUAAGUCAGACAGCAAGUAUAAGAGAAUCUUUUAGAAAUAUAUCAUAUUUAUCACAAACCAAACCCUGUGUUGAUAUACCAUAAACUGAUAGAAAUUACAUUACGUCAUUAGGAUUAGGCAUGUUGAUAUUCGAUAAACUAAUAUGGGUACACACUUAAAUGACAAAAUGAUAACUAAGGUAGUGAACUCCUUCAAUUUGUAAUAGCUGAUUUCACGGAGGGUUAUUAAGACAUAAUUUGAUCAUAGUUCAAAGUAUAUAGCUAAAUUUCAUAACCAUAUUAGCUGUUCCUUCGUUUA